GGGCUAAUGGUAUACAGCCAUAACUUAACAGUAAAUUUGGUAUAAAUCCCACCGACGUCCGACGUAACAACUGUGAUUGCAUAACAUAACGUGAGGGUCAGACAGUAUGACCUCUACCGGAAGUGCAUGGCAGAGUGUUUCGCGCAAUUGCUCCAAAAGCCGCGAUAACUUAAAACAUAAACAAACUCUGAAAUUCGGUAGUUACACACCGUCACGCUUUUUUCAUCGUUUUAAUUGACGAUCUUCAUCUAAAGCUGUAUUGAAGGCGUCAUUAUGUCAUAUUUUUAAAACAGGACAGGGUAUUCAUUAACACCAGAUUGAUAUUGAAAAAUGGUGAACGUGAGAGCUCUUCCUUCGGAUCUUGCACGUCUUGUGCUGGAUUACCUCUACUCUGAGGGCCUCCAGGAGACCUAUGAUGUGUUCCUGCAGGAGAGUCCUCAUCUGGAGGAACUGCGUAGCUUCCCUGCCAUGGGUAUACUGCCUCUUGGAGCAAAGAGUUUACAAGUGAUCGUUGAAGAGUACUAUGAGCUGAUGUCACAAGAUACAAGUAAAGUCAAGAAUGCCAAUGAUGCUCUUUACAAGCUGUGGAAGAGAUUUGAUGCUCUCCUGGUGCAAAUCAAACAUCAUUACAAAGGCAGUGGGGCCAUUACAACACUGUCAAAUGAACUAGCAAGCCAAUCAGUGAGAAGUCGCUACAGUCUCAAUCGACUCCACCAUGAACGCAUGCAGAUGGAACGGGAAAAUGCCCUUCGUCUGGUCAAUUCCAGUGGUCUCGUACAACAGCUACAUCAACACCAUCAACCUCAACAUCAACCUCAGCAUCAGCAGCAGCAGCAGACUCACCACCAGCCAAAACAUGUACAACGCCACCGUCAAAACUCUCCUUUCCGUCGGCCGCAACCUCAUAAUAUCGAGCCCGACACCCGCCCUCUGAUGGUGCCUUCUCCAUCAUUCCCGACCAAUCAGGAGAGCCGAGAGAGGUCAUGUGAUACCAGGUGUUCCACACCUAGGUUGAGGUCACCCAUGGUGCAGGAGGCCCUGUCGACAUCUCCUUCACAGAGUGUAACGAGUACUCAGUCACAGUUUGUGACCCCCACUAAAAGCUCUCAGCAUGACAGACCAGAGGGAGAAGAGAAGAUUGGAAAAUCACCAAAGAGAAAAAGUGCUCUACCCAGACGCAAACCCCACCCAGGAGUGCCCCGGGAGAGGGUCAUCAGUAGCGCCCCAUCCACCAGUGCAGGGGUCACCCCUAUAGAUGAGAUACAGGACCUACCGUCCCCCUGGGGGUCACUCUGCAACAACCAGGAACUGAUGGAGAAACUGGCGGAAAACAUCAACAAGGUUCGACCAACUCAAGAAAUUCCUGGUCAAGAAGAACCUGCUGAUCACCCAGAAGCUCCUGACCAGGCCAACCUCAGCACCGAAACAGAGGAGAGUCAACAAUCUGGGAGCAACAUCCAGGUUCUGGACGAACUCCUCAAUGGGAUGGUCUCUGACUCCAUGAUGGAAGAGUUCGUCGACAUGACGAGCGGCGACCCGACUUUCAACUCCCUCUUUGCGCUUUUCAACACCGACAGGGACAAGUUCCUGAACAGCGAAAGGCAGAAGCUCCAGCUCAGUGCAUCGGAAGUCGAGGAGCAUCUGAACUCUUCCAGAGAAUCUGAAGUUGACUCGUCCGAACAGCAAGCCUCAUUGCUCCCUCCUAGUCACACGAGCCAACAUCAGCCCCAACAAUCCAUCUUGACUAGUUCACCGCAAGCAAGUACAGUGACCAUCAUCAGCCAAGGAAGAAACAGGGACAUACAGGUCAUGGGGUCUUCAACAGGUCAUAGUUCAGAGGUCAUAGGCAUGUCAUCCACCAAUCAAGAUAGGAUAUUCCUAAGCGAGGAACUUGAAGGGCUAUCAAGGGGACGUGAUUCGUUCCCUAAUAUGGUUGUCAGAAAUAGUCCGUUCAGGGAAGAAGCUGCAUGUUCGUCGACGGCACUGUCGAGGGUGAACUCUGCCAAGAAAAAUGCAAGUACUAAUGAAGGAAGGUCAUCCAAGGUCAAGUCCUCGGGCAUGACAUUAGGCUCUCUUGCGGACCUCUUUCCAAAAGGUCAUGUCAGAGAGCUCUCAUUUCUCAAGGACCUGAGCCCUGUCAAGGGACACCAGGACAAGUCACACGAGACUGGUGCAGCAGCGUCAACAUCUCAGGUUACACCUUCAAGAAGGAAAGCUACGAGGAAAGGGUCACAGUCUCCCCGGAUGCAGCACAACAAUGAAAUAACACCAUCCAAGAGACCAAUUGCUCGAACACCAGAGAGACUGUAUUCUCCAGAGGAAAAAGCGGUGGCUCGGUUACUGACCAAACUGCCAACGACCCCCACAAAAGAGAACGCAGUUGCGUCAAAACAAUCGGUUGUCAUUGAUGGCAAGAAGGUGGUGAUCGUGAAGCGUGCAAGGACAGGGGGUACUAGCCGCCAUCCACCAGUUACCAGUGUCUCUGGAUUCCAGAAAGAAAGGAUAAACAUAGAGCAAAGGGUCAUCCCUGCUGUUGAUCAGGUCAAUGGUGUCAGGUCAAGUGACCUUCCAGGACACUCAAGAACUGGACAAUCCCCUCAUAGUAUCGGAGGUGUGAAGACCGUUUCACUGGCCUCUCAGCCCCAUGAGAGUGAGGGGAUUCAGCCGAAGGGCCUGGUGGAGGGGGGCAAGACAGUGGCCUUCAAGGAGGUCCCUCAGGACAAAGGAACCAAAGCAGUGAAGAAAGGAGUCAAGAGAGAUAGGAAAGAUCCUGACAAGGCAAAAGGCGUCAAGAAGACAAAGCGAAGCAAGUCGAAGAAUUCCAAAGACCUUGGAUUUCCAGUCAAUCUGGAUGUGGACAAGUUUCUAUCUCAAAUUAACUAUACAAGCUGACAUCUUAAAUAAAUGAUUGCUACAAGGUGUUUCUCCGCUGGAAAUCCUUGCAUGAAUGACAAAAAUUUCAGCCAAGUCUCAAAGUUUGCAAGCCAUUGGGGGCUGAAGAUCCAUGCAUUUGGUCUGAUAACAAUGCACUAAAGUGUGUACCAAAAUAAAGGUUUUCCAGGAUUAAUAGCUAAUUUACUUAUUUAUUUGUAGCUUAAAAUGAAAGAAGAACUUCUCAGCUUUUUAUUAAUUCUUGUAUUACUUGCACCACCGACGUCACAUAUGACCAAAUACAAUGUAGUCCAUUUGUAAUUGACCCUAACAUAAUUGUUCAAGUUUUGUAGUACAUGUAUUUGAUCAAGAUAUUAUUGAAAAUGGACUACUGGUAUGUCUUGCUGUUCCACCAGUAAGAUUUAUUAUACCUCUUCUUCUUUAUAUUUGUUUUAUUUGGGUAGACAGAUAGUGAAGACUUUUUCUUAUUUUCUUUUUUAACUCGUGUAGGAAUAGGCAGUCUCAUUCGGUUACCUGUAUGUGAAAUGAUUUCUGUAACUGACAAAUAAUUCAAAUCGUAUUUGAAAUGUAGUAAUAUAUACAUUUGUACUCUUCAAGUGUCAACCUGUUAGCAAAUUCAUCGAAAGUGCUUUUGUAGCAUUUAUGAAUUUAAAAAUAGAUGUACUUGUAAUUAUUUUGGAUUUUAAGAAAGCUUUGUCAUAUACCAAAAACAAUUUUCAUGGAUGUCUUCAUAGAAUUUGAGUUCAUUUGUAGUUCAUCCCGGGUAGAUUUGAUUCUUAGAUUUUUUCCAAUUACGGUAUCUGGAAGGAAUAACGAUAAAUACAUAAAAUAGAUGGCAAACAAAUAAUAAUAAGUUUGUUCACCUAAUGAAGCCUAAUCAGCAUCGAUGCCGUUCUUCUUGAGAUCCCUGUAAUUAUUAUUGUCCUGGUGAUUGUCGGGUACCCAUUUACACCUGGGUGGAGAGUGGCAAAUGUGGAUCCAUGCAUUGCCCAAAGACGUUAGUGCCGAGCUGGGAUUCAAACCCCCAAAAUGUGGAUUGAGAGUCGAGAGAAUGGACCACUAUGCCACAGGGAUGUUUGGUAAUAUUCAGAAUAUAGCCUAAUAAAAAAGAUCCAUUGAAGCCUCUCUUCACUAGUUGGCUAGGAGGGAUUAGACCUCCCUGCAUGGUCACCAACAGGUGGCUAUGUCAUCAAAUCAGCUCUCAAUUAACAUAAGAAAAAGGGGUUCAUGGGGGACCAACGGGUACCACUUUGACAUUGUUUGCUAUUUAGAGGACCCAAGUAGCUACAAGUAGUGCAGUCCUGCUUUAAGAAACAAAGGAUUAAAACAUCGUAGCUUGUCCAUGCAGAUUCUCUAGGUUUUGUUACCUCUUUAUUCUAUCACCCGGACCCUGGUCUGCAAUCAUGAGAAAUUGUUAUCAAACUAACUUGUUAAAAUAAAGAUAUACCUUCCUUUUUUCCUUUGUAAAAAGCAUUGAUUCACUAAAUGUAUAUUCAUUAAUCAAGAUUUAUAUAACACUAUAAAAAGAUGUAUUGAAA